CGUACGUGUAUGGCUGAUUCAUUUUGUUGUGCAGUGGAGGCUAACACAACAUUGUAAAGCAACCAUACUCCAAUGAAAAUUAAUAAUAAUAAAAAAGAAAUAGGAAAAAAAUAUUAAAGAUACAAUUUUGACAUAUUAAUAUAUAUAUAUUUCUUUACUAUCCCAGCAAAUAACAAGAUAUAGCAGCAGGUCUAAUAAUCACCAUAAUUUUGAAAUAGUAAUGAAUUUAAUGAUCUUUUAAGAUAUUGGCAAUAGCUAUAAUGUGAUAUGAAAAUAUGUUUGAUAUGUGCUGGUGACAAAGUCACUGGUACUACUAAUAAGACUGUGGUUUGUUGACUACAUUCAGUAACAACAAAAAAAAAUAAAGGCAUAAUUUUUUCCCAUCAAGGUCCCAGAACCCCCUGGAUUCUAUCCCCAGGACCCAAGGUUAGGAAACCUUGCACCACAGACUCCACUUAUCAGCAUAAAAGAUGUAAGAAAUAUAUUUCAUUGGUGAAAUGAAUUGCUUUCAAAAUACGUGAAGUGGCUAGAAAUAUUGUCCAGGUGCUUCCAUCCUUGCAUGAUCAGAAUAUAAAAAUCUGGCAAGCAAACCCAACAGCUCAGUACUCUUUGGAGUGGCAUUCUAGGCCUCAGACUCUGUGUGGUUCUGUAUCCCACUACAUGAUAGCCAGCCUGCCAGAUGGUCCCCAGUGAUUCUUUCCUUGUGUAGUUACUCCCUUCCCACACUGAAUAGGGAAGAAUGUAACCACUGUAACGUAACUGGUAGAAUAUUAUGGAAAUGACCUAAUGUGACUCCCAAGGCUGGGUCAGAAAAGACAUUACAGCUUCUGUCUUGCUCUGUCUUGGAUCAUUGCUCUGAGCUUGCACGUUAUGAGAAAUGGAGGGCCAUGUGUUGAGGAACUGAGAUCUGCCAACAACUAACACUAGCUUGCUAGGCAUAUGAGUGAACCACCUUGGAAGAAGAUCCCCGGGCCCAUUCAAGCCUUUAGAUGACUGCAACCCUAGCCAACAUCUUGACUGCAACCUCACGAGAGACUCCCAGCCAGAAGCAGCCAACAAAGCUGAUCCUGGAUUCCUGACACACAGAAACUAUAUGAUAUAAUCAAUGUUUGUUGUUAAGGCACUAAUUUUGGGGUUAAUUUGUAGCACAGCAAUAGAUAACUAAUAUAUAUCACUUAAUGGAAGAUUUUCCUGCUCCACCCAGAAGAUAGGUUGAUCCCGUUACCAUAUUAUUAGGCCAUCUGUUUCAGGUAAAUCUUUCAUGCAAGCAGCUUGCUGGAGUUCCUAAAGGUCAGACAGAGAGUAUGUAUUGAUACUUCACCCAAUUUACAAGAAGAGGCUAUGUGACUGUUUUGACCCCUGAUUGCUAAUAACUGCAUGUGUCAGAAUUUAGUCUGACAGUUACCUUCACUGUAAUGUUCUACCUAGUAAGGAGGUUGUGGGAGAGGCGACCUAUAGCCCUCACUUACCUCUAAUCUUUAGAGGCUCCCUAAAUCUACCAAAAACAAUGGGUUUAGGUCUAUUUGCAUCACAUUUGCAAAGGCCUGCAAGACCCUAGAUAAUCUGACUUUUACCUACCUCUCUGAACUCAUUUCUUACCCCAUCCUCUCACUUGUCUCUAGAAACACUGGCUGUAUUCAUUUGUUAGGGCUGCCAUAACAAAUUACCACACACUGAGUGGCUUCAACAGAAAGAAGUUUGUUGUCUCACACUUCCGGAGGCUAGAAGUCCCAGUUCAAGAUGUUGACAGGGACUUUUCCUUCUCAGAGCUGUGAAGAAUCUGUUCCAUGCCUGUCCGCUAGCUUCUGAUGGUUUGCUAGCAAUCUUGGGUAUUCCUUGGCUUAUAGAACCAUCACCCUGAUCUCUGCUUUCAUCUUCACAUGGUGUUCUCCCUGUGUGCAUGUAUGUGUUCAAAUUUCCUCCCUUUAUAAUGACACUAGUCAUAUUAAAAGCCCACCCUACUCCAGUAUGACUUCAUCUUAAUGAAUUACAUCCAAAUAAGGUUGCUUUCUAGGGUACUGGGGGUUCUGCAUACAAUUUUUUUUUUUGGCCACGCCACAGGGCUUGUGGGAUCUUAGUUCCCUGACCAGGGAUUGAACCUGGGCCCUCGGCAGUGAAAGUGCUGAGUCCUAACCACUGGACCGCCAGGGAAUUCCCCUGCAUAUGAAUUUUAGAGGAGACACAAUUCAACCCAUAACACUGGGCUUCUUGCUGUUCCUCUAGCACACCAAGCUCAUUUCCACCUCAGGUCCUUUAUAUGUAUUAGUUCUCCCUCUAGAACGCCAAAGAAGCAUGACUGUUCCCUUCUCAGAAUACAAGUGUCAUAUGUCAACUACUCAAAGAAGUCUUCCCUGAUCAUCCUAUCUAAAAUAGCCCCUCCACCACACACAUCAUGGUCUAUUCCCUUCCCUGUUUCAAUUUUCUUCAUAGCACUCCUCAUUACCUGAAGUACAUUUCUUUUUAUUUGUUUUUAAUCUGUCUCUCCCACCAAAAUAUAAGUUCCAUAAGGACAGGGAGCUUGUAUAUCUUAUUUACUGCCGUAUCAUCAGCUCCUAACACAGUGCCUGUUAGAGAGUAAGUAUUUAAUAAAUGUUUGUUGAGUGAACAUUGAAUGAGCAAAUGCUUACUUUGUUGAUUCCCUGAUUUAGUCUCUGGAAAGCCCAGUAGAAUCAAGUUUUCCCUGAGAAAAUGGAACUUACCCCAAACUCCUCAAGAUAUUCAUUUUCCCCCUUGGAAAUGAACUAAUUUAUAAUCCAAUUAUAAAACAGUAAAAUAAUAUUCCUCGUCUCCCCCAAAGUUACCUGUUUUUCCUCUCUUUAUACUACCAGGAAGCCACCUGAGGGUAGCAAAAAAUCAGAGUGAAGAGAGGUCAGUUCCAAGGCAGAGGCACAUUUUCAAUCUUUCCUCAAAGCUUGUCUGCCACCUGCUCUGUCUCCAGCCUGGCUAGUUUUUUUCCCUUCUGGUAGGCGCACAUUAACGGGCCUAGCUGGACUACCUAUUAGGAAAAAUAGGGGAUCCCUUUUCAUUGAAUCAGCUUGCUCAGAAAAGGCCAAGGACCUAAGCUGAGUUCCAAUUGAGAUUUCUAAAUGUAAGAGCCUUAAGUUGGAGCAAUGACUAUAUUUUGUUCUUUUUUUUUUUUUAAGAGCAGUCCGCUUUGAGAUCUAACCUGCCACCUACCUCCCAGCUCUCAGGUGCUAAGAUAAAGUGGUAGCUAAACAAAGUCUCUAGGCGUUUUAUGAUUUUUGUUUGUUUUCAUAUUUCCUUAACAAUCAAAAGAAGGGCUCCAACCCGGAAUCUUGAUGUUUAUUUCACCUAAACUGAGGCUUUUCCUGUAAUAAAAAAAAAGGAGGAUUGUGUGUGGUUUGCGAUCCGGGAAGAUUCAAGCAAGGGGGGAAGGAAGGAAGUUUAGUUUCUAAACCAUUUCUUAAAGGACAAAUCUUUGUUAAAUAAAGGAAUCUAAUUAAACCAUUUUGUGAGAUCAAUUCCCAACUUUUUUUCCAUUUAAUCUUUCUCCCAACCUGCUUAAGUGUUUGAGCCCUUGUGAGUUGCAGACUCUGUAAGAGCAACACUUCUCAAAUUUAAUGUGCACAUGAAUCACCUGGUGAUCCUGUUAAAUGAAAAUUCUGAUUCAGUAGGUAUGGAGAGGGCAUUAUAGGCGGAUCAAGUGGGUCUUCUGGCAUUCACUUUGGCUUCAGUCCACCUCCAAACACCCAAUGCACCCCUGUUUUCCAAAGUCCUCUGCUACAGUACCCCAUUCUAACUACUCCUUAUUGCCAGAUGCCCCAGGAAUCUGUUAUAGGUCCCCUUCUCUCUGGAUCCUGCCUUCUGUGAAAAUAUGAGUUACAGGUCAUAGUGGGUUGUUUUGUCACUUCCCUCUCUCUCCUUAGAGCAGAGGCCUCAUCCCCCACCCCCACCCCUCCAUCAGUACAAGAUAACAAUGGAAUUUAAUUAUAGCCUCUGGGAGCAUAGCUUUUUAAUUCCAAUGGUAAGAAUUUCCUACCCUAUGACAGACUAAUGAAAAGGCUGUUUUUUAGUGGGGUGGGGAAGAGGAAUGUCAUUUUGAAUUUCUCAAAAAAUUAUACAACAUAGGAGACUGCCUGCCUGACUUACUUAUACUUUCUCCUCUACCUCUCAUCUGCCUUGGUCUCAUUAAAGGCAACAUUUUCUUAUUUUAGAAGUGGAACCAUGAAUCUGUCAUAUUUCCAUCCAUUUCAUAUUUAUGUACAAAGAGUUGCAAUUCCAUAGCAAGACAAGCAACAGAGAUCUGAGUGAAGGUUUCCCUGUUGAUGACAGUACAUUAUUUGGUGUGUACAGAAGGUAAAAGGAUCCUGAUACUAUUUGACCAAUAUUUCACCCAAUAAUUUUUCUAUAAUUUCCUCAUUUAGGUAGAAUUGAAACUAGUUAGGUAAAACUACUUAUUUAAGCUUUCAACCCACAGCACAAAAUACUUUAUAGGGCAGCCUAUUCUCAUGCUCAUUUUUUUAACGUCUUUAUUGGAGUAUAAUUGCUUUACAAUGGUGUGUUAGUUUCUGCUUUAUUACAAAGUGAAUCAGUUAUACAUAUAUUGCCUCCUCCCAUGGACACACCAAAAUUACAAUUAUUUACAGAGAAAUUAUUGAUUAGAAGAACAAAAGACUAGCAGAAAAGAUCUUCUACAAUUAAAGAUAUAGAGAAGGAACCAUAAUGAGAUGGGACAAAAGAUGAAACAUCAAGAAAAAGAAAGAGAAGAAAAAAUGAAAGAAACAAGUUCAUACUAUCACCUUUCCAAGAGGGGCUGAAGCCAGGUUGAAAUUUUGAUUUCCAAAACUUAGUCUUUUGGUGUAAGGUGGCCAAACAAGGAUGCAGACGUCUUUCCCACCAUGUCAAAACUCCUGAAACCAAUCUCCACAUCCUCUGUAACCACACAAUAAAGACUUGGGAAAUCACACCAGAAAGAAAGGAAGGAAGGAAGGCCAGAAACUAGACUAGGCACCUCUCAAAGAAGAAAACUCACUCAAAUGGCCAACAGUUGAAUUAAAAGAUGCUCAACUGGGAGUUCCCUGGUGGCCUAGUGGUUAGGAUUCCAGGCUUUCAAUGCCAUGGCCCGGGUUCAAUCCCUGCUCUGGGAACUGAGAUCCCGCAAACUGUGGGAACUACAUGUGCCAACAUGUAUGAAUCUCAGAGACACAAUGUUGAGUGAAAGAAGCAAAUCACAGAAGCAUAUAUACAUACAAACAGUUAGAUUCCAUUUACUUAGAGGUUCAACAACAGGAAAAACUAAACAAUAUGUUGUUUAGGAAUGCAUUUAGUUAGUAAAACUGUAGAGAAAAACAGGGCAAUGAUUACUCCAAAUUUCAGGAUAGUAGUUACAUCUGAUGGGGGAGAGACUGGGGAAGAAGGGAAAUCGUGAUCACAGAGGGACACAGAGAGGACUUUAAGAUACUGGAAGUAAAUAUUCAAUUUUUUAAACCUGGCUACUGAGUACAUAGUUAUUCAUUCCUUAAAAUUAUUUUUUAAAUUACAUAUAUAUGUUUUAUAUAUUCUUCUGUGUAUAUUUCACCAUUUUAGAAAAGGAAAAAUAUCAGUGCUCAGAACUGAACACACAACUCUAGCUAAUCCAUCAUACUAGAAUACAAUCACCUCUCUCGUUUGGAAUACUUUGCCUCUGUUUUUUUUGAACCGAGGUGUUCAUUUGUACCUGCUAAAUUUUCUUUUAUUUUAUGUGGCCAUUCUUUUCACUUGUCCUUCCAACCAGUCAAGCGCUCCCCAGAGCCAGAUCAUCUUCCAGGAGAACUGGUAAACAAAGUUUCUGAGCUAGCCAGGCUGAGGUCCAAAUUGCAGCAGGCAGCUGCAGCAGCUCUUCUGAAAGCCCACCUUAAAGCAGCUUCCUUAACAUGCGUGCGUUCUGCCCUGCUUUUCCUGAGAUCAUCUGUUUAUAGCCUCAGCCUAAAAUCUUCCUUAUGAGAAACCUUAGCGAAUGUCUUAUCAAGGAAGACAAUGCCCCACAUUAAAUCAUGUUGAUAAGUUGAUGGGAGAGAACAUUCUCACCCAAGAAGAUUGUUAUUUCCUGAAGGGAUAAAACCCCACCAGGGAAAACACCUGUGGUACUUAUAGGUAGGGCUGGUCUACCAAAGCUGAUAACAUAGUUCUGACCAGAGGAGGAAGGCAGAGUGCAUGUAUUCAUUCCUGAAAGCUUUGUGGGUAGGUGUGCAUCUUUCACAUAUUAAAGAUUCACAGUCCCUGAGCUGGACAGAGGUGCCAAUCCUGAAGAAUCUCUCCAGAAUCCAAGUUGCUGAAUCUUCGCUGCUGCCUACAGAGGCUCCAAACCACCACUUGACAAUGGGAAACUGGGUGGUUAACCAUUGGUUCUCAGUUUUGUUUCUGGCUGCUUGGUUGGGGCUGAAUGUUUUCCUGUUUGUGCAUGCCUUCCUGUCAUUUGAGAGUAACAAGUACUACUACACAAGACAAAUCCUGGGGUUGGCAUUGGCCUGGGCCCAAGCCUCUGCUUGCAGCUUGCAUUUUAACAGCAUGCUGAUCCUGCUUCCCGUGUGUCAAAAUGUGCUGUCCUUCCUGAGAGGCACCUGCUCGUUUUGUAGGCGCACCCUGGGAAAGCAACUGGAUCACAACCUCACCUUCCACAAGCUGGUGGCAUAUAUAAUCUGCCUACUGGCUAUUCACAUCACCACACACCUGUUUAACUUUGAACGAUAUAGCAGAAGCCGACAGGCCACAGAUGGAUCCCUUGCUUCCAUUCUCUCCAACCUAUCUCAUCAGGAGAAAGAUUCUUGGCUAAAUCCCAUCCAGUCCUCAAACACGACAAUGGAGUAUGUGACAUUCACCCACAUUGCUGGUGUCACUGGAGUGAUCAUCACAAUAGCUCUAGUUCUCAUGGUGACUUUAGCUAUGGAAUUUAUCCACAAGAGUUAUUCUGAGGUCUUCUGGUAUACACACCAUAUUUUUAUCAUGUACUUCAUUGGCUUAGGGAUUCAUGGCCUUGGUGGACUUGUCCGGGAUCAAACAGAAAAGAACAUGGAUGAGAAUCAUCCUCACAAGUGUGCAGAGUUUUCUGAGAAGUGGAACGAUCCUGACUCCCACUGCAAGGCUCCCCAAUUUGAAGGGCUCCCUGCUGAGUCUUGGAAGUGGAUCCUUAUACCAGUCAUUAUUUACAUCUUUGAAAGGAUCCUCUGAUUUUAUCGCUCCCAGCAGAAGGUUGUGAUUACCAAGGUGGUCAUGUACCCAUCCAAAGUUUUGGAAUUGCAGAUGCACAAAAAUGGCUUCAGCAUGGAAGUGGGACAGUAUAUUUUUGUUAGUUGCCCCUCAAUCUCUUACCUGGAGUGGCAUCCCUUUACCCUGACCUCUGCUCCAGAAGAAGACUUAUUUUCCAUUCAUAUCUGAGCAGUGGGGGACUGGACAGAAAAUCUCAUAAGGGCUUUUGAACAACAGAAUUCACCAGUUCCCAGGACCAAGGUGGAUGGUCCCUUUGGCACUGUCAGUGAGGAUGUCUUCCAGUAUGAAGUGGCUGUGUUGGUCGGAGCAGGAAUUGGGGUCACCCCCUUUGCUUCCAUCUUGAAAUCCAUCUGGUACAAAUUCUGGAAUGCAAAUCACAACCUCAAAACACAAACGGCUGGUCAUGCAGCAUUAAGCUUUGACAAGGCCACUGAUAUCCUGACAGGUCUGAAACAGAAAACCUCCUUUGGGAGACCUAUGUGGGACAAUGAGUUUUCUACAAUAGCUACCACCCACCCCAAGUCGGCGGUGGGAGUCUUCCUAUGUGGUCCUCAGACUUUGGCAAAGAGCCUGUGCAAAUGCUGUCAUCAGUACUCCAGCCUGGAUCCUAGGAAGGUUCAAUUCUACUUCAACAAUGAAAAUUUCUGAAUUAUAAGAAUAAGGAUGGUAAUCUGCAUUUAGCCUCUGUAUCUUCAACAAUUUACUUGGCCUGGUCAGGUUUGGGCAACCACUUAAGGACAAUAACAUGUUUCUUUCAAGCCUUGACUCUCUGGUAUUCUUUUUUGAUUGGACUCAACUUCGUCAUCACUGAGCUUCAUGGACCUAAGAACUUCAGAAGUCACAAUAAUUGCAAAGCCCAUGGAUCCUUUCUCGGGAAAACAACUGUAAAUCCUUCUGGAAUGCCAUGAUUGAAGCAAGGCUUGAUAGGAGACGUGGUUGACAGUUACACAAUUUAACUCCAGGUGAUUUUGUUGAUUCCAAGUGUUACUGUCUCCUGGACUCUGGGUCACAUUCUCCUCUCCCUCCCACCCACAAAGAAGAUUUCUAAGUAGGGUGAUUUUUUAAAUAAAAAUUUAUUAAAGAAUUAAUGACAAAACAUAAUAAUAAGCAUAAAUAGUAAAACAACGAACAUAGAAUUACCAAGAACCCAAUACCUAUAUAACACUAUGUACAUUCUUACUGUUAAACAUGGUCUUAUCCAG